AUGAAUCUAAAAUUACACUUCCUAGAUUCUCACAUCGACCACUUUCCUGAGAAUCUUGGGGAUUACAGUGAAGAACAGGGAGAACGUUUUCAUCAAGACAUAAGUGAAAUGGAGACUAGUAGUGUAUUAAGUUUUGUGAUCCGUCAUCGUCGAGAGGUUCCCGAUGUUGUAUUCAGUAACUUGAAAAACCCAUCAUCAACCAAAAAAGGCAAUGAAGCAGAUAUUUCUGAAACGACUACCUCAUCAAAAACAAGUAACAGCAUCGAUACUUUUCAUCAGACAACAGAUGAUAAACAUGAGGUUGAAAAUGAAAUGAGGUGUUAUGGUGAAUUGGGUUGUCUCGAUAUACCAAACAGUUGGUAUCAUUUAAUUUAUCGACCAAUGAAUGUGUUUCCAAUGCCGCGAGAAGUUAUUAACACAAGUUUCAUACUGUAUACAAAUGAUAAUCCUUCCGAGGGCCAACUGCUUGUUGCAAGCAAAAAUAGUUCGUCAAAAGGUUCAAGUUUUGAUCCAAAACGUGAAACAAAAUUCAUUAUACAUGGGUUUAUUGACACGCCACAGAAUGACUGGAUCAAGGACCUUAAAAAUGAAUUACUUCAACAUGACGAUUACAACAUAAUUAUCGUUGAUUGGGCUGGAGGCAGUUUGUUACUACUACAAUACUUUCAAGCAGUUGCGAAUACUAGGCUAGUUGGUUUAGAAAUAGCGCAUCUUAUUAGACAUCUUAAUGCAAACAAUGGAUUGAAAGUUGGUGAUGUCCAUCUUAUAGGCCACAGUCUUGGUGCUCAUAUUGCAGGAUACGCUGGAGCAGAAUUGCAAGGUAAAGUUGGACGUAUUUCAGGGCUAGAUCCUGCAAAGCCCGAUUUUGAGUAUAUGCCAAGUCAUGUACGUUUAGAUCCUACUGAUGCAAUGCUCGUUGAUGUUAUUCAUACUGAUAGUGGUGGUAUUUUUAGAACAGGAAUAAAUCAACCUUGUGGACACUUAGAUUUUUAUCCUAAUGACGGUGAUGAACAGCCAGGAUGUUCAGGUUUGAUUUUUUCGAAGGUCUGUGAUCACAUUCGAGCGAUCGCACUCUAUACUGAAAGUAUUAACUCAAAGUGUCAGUUUUUUGCCAACGAAUGUCAUAGCUACAAAAAAUAUCUUGCUGGUGAAUGUUUUCCUUCUGCAAGCAACAAUAACAGUCUCGGUUAUGGGAUUAUGGGAUAUCAUGCAGAUGAAAGUCCUGCGUUAAUACAGAGUUUGUCAAUGGGCAAACCUGCAAUCAGCUCUAAAUUAAUUGGAUCCAAAUUUUUCAUUUCUACUGGUGACAAAGAUCCUUAUUGCCGAAAACAUUACCGAAUAACAAUUACAUUAGCAAAACCAGAUGAAGCCACUGAUAGGGUUCAAGGAAUAAUAAAUCUCAUAUUCUAUACAGAUGAUGAAAUCACCUAUAAAAUGGAUCUUACUCCAAAUGGUAAUAGGAUAAUGUUAGAGCACGGAGAAACAACACAAAUUGUAGCACUGCAUCCGGGAGGUGAUACAAAUCUCCUCAACAAAAUACGGAAAGUGGAUCUUUUUUGGACUUAUAAUGUCGACACACCUUUACUAUAUUGUUUUUUUUGCAACACUAAACUAUAUGUUGAUAAUAUUAUUGUUGAUGUCAUCAAACUUCCAUCAGAUCAAGGAAAUAAAGAAACAGACUUUUCGAGUAAACUCUGUUCAAUUCAAGGCCCUCAAAAUUUUACAGAAAUAACCAGUGGUUUUAGUGCUACUUUUGUCGAUAAUUGUCAUUAAGAAGGAUACUCCUAUUAUAUAAAAUAUAAUGAAGGAAAGGUGCAAGUUACCUCCACCAUUUAUGUUAUUGUGAGUGAAACUCAUUACUCAACGUUUCAUAUCCACAUAAUUCAAUUUAAUCCACGAAAUGAUUAUUAUUUUAAAGAAACUUAAUUACCUAAAUGAUUAGUGUAAAAAUAUGACGUCACGAUAUUUUUUAUUUCAAUAAAUUGCUCUAAAAUUUCAUACGCUUAUGUUUUGAGUAAUAUUUUGCUGUAACUCUA